UAAGAUAGAAAAAUCAUAAACCUCCAUUUUUCCCCUUAAGAACCGAACCCCUACCCCUUCCCCAUACUCCAUCAACUUUCAAUCAAAUUCAUCAAGCUUGGAGGCAAAUCAUCACAAAUUCAAGGGAGAUAAAGACCCGGCGAGGCAACUACCGACGAGACCUGGAACUCGAGGAGCGUGACAUAGCGUUAUCCGGUUUGGAAACUAGGAAUAGCAAGUGUGUUUUAUUUCAGGUGAUAGUAUUUUGAAGGCAAGGACUUCCAUUCUUGUUCCGGAAGUCUGCAAUAUUUUAAGUAUAUGUAUUGAAGUAUGCUUCAAAUCCUAGCGCUGCAGUAGUCAGUAGAUGUCAGUAUAAAAAUAAUAUUUUGUGUCAAACGAUAUUUUGCUAUUAACUCUGAGAUGAUAAAUGUAUUUUCAUAGUUUAUAUAAAUCACGCUUUUUAUUCGUGUUAUUUCUUUACCAAUUAUCCAUGAAUGGAAUUGAUUAUUAUUUUAUGAAUUGGCAUAAGUUGAAACAGGGCAAUGCUAAAUGCGAGAUAUCGCUUUAUAAGACCCUGAUUUCUAAUAUCGUUUCGCAUCGGUUUUCAGAAAGUAAUUUAGAUAUUUUGAAAUCUAUAUAAUUGUAUUGUAUAAAGAAAUUUUCUGAAAACAUUUUACAUAAUGAUAUAUGUUUGAAUUGCGAAAAAUUUCUACUCAUUUUUAGGCUUGCUACGGGUUUCGGAGCUACCACUCCCACUCCCUAGCGCCGGUCUCGACCCUCGAUUUUGGGUCGUGACAAAGUUGGUAUCAGAGCAGUUGGUCCAGGAUACCACUGCUUUGUGUGUCCGUCUACCUAAGGACUACUGCAGCACAUAAGAUUCGAGUCAUGUAUUUGAUCAGUUUUCAUUUGAUUUUAAAAUUUUCAACUCUCCUCUCUAGGAAGCGAGGCUGUUUGUUCGUUCGAUAGGAUUGUUUGACGAGAUACGCAUGCGUAGAUAUUCUGCUUAUGCAUAGAUAUUCAACUUAUGUUUAAAUGUUCGUUGAGGCGCUUACAUGUUGCUUUUGCGUGGAAAUUUGAUUAUAUGGAUGUGCGCUCUUCGUGUUAGUAUGGUAUAGCCGUGUUGCGAUUGUUUAGUUUAUGAUUCGGUAAUAGAUUGAACGAUUUGUGUGUUAUUAGAAGAAUGGAAGAUCAAAGGCAAUUGGGUGUUCAUGCUAUGAGUGCACAAGGUGUAGAAGAGGCUUAUGGUGGAUCCUCUAAUUUCAUAAGGGAAAAUGAACAUGUACAGAUGGAAGAAGUAGACCAUGAACAAGUUGAAAAUCAAGGUAAUGCUGGAAUGGAGGAUGCAUUAGAAAUGCCGCAACAACUUGAUGAUCAAGAAGAUAAUAUGAAUCAAGAUUUUGAAGAAGAGGCACCAGUAUUAGAAGAACAACCACAACCCAACAUCAGUAUAAAUCAAUUGCUACCAGGAAUUGCUGUUAUGCAAAGUUCUGUAUUAAGUAUGAAUCAGCUUAUACAGCAACAAGGUCAACGUAUUAGUGAGCUGGAGAAUAGGUAUGAGAUGUUGGCAUGUAGGCAGUUAACCAUAUUAGGAUCUAGAUUUCAUAAUGGUGCACCGGAAGUGUUAGAAAGAUCCGGACAAGGUACCCAUGAGUCACAGGUAAGGCCCAUAAAUCUACAAGAACCUAUAAGAGUUAACCCAAACACGAAUGUUGAACGUGUAAGAGGUGAUCAUAUCUACCAAAAUCUCAGGUUAAGAUAUUCAGACCUCAUACCAUCAGCUUGUCCAAUGUGUCGAGAACAACUAGGUGUUUAUCGUUAUGAGAUGGGCGCUUGUUUUCUAUGUGGGCAAUUUGGACAUUUUGCAAGAGAAUGCCCUAUUUUAGGACAAGAGAGAUUUCAGGCAGGAAUGAUGGAUCCCUUUGAUCAGCAAGCAAGACCAAUGGUUGGGGAACCUUAUGGAGAUACUCGAUGGAAUGUCUAUGAAGAUAGACAUCAAGUUCAAGAUUAUGGACGGAGAAGAAACAGGCGAAUGGGGAAUAGGCGUAGAUUUAGAAACUCAAGAGUUGGUCCAAGUGAGCCCAUUAACCUAUGGGAACAAGCUACGACAAGUGGAACAACACAACAUGCUCAAGAUACUUCAAACCGUGAUAUCGUCAACCGAGGUAUUAUUACGUCACGAGCAAGUUAUAUAUUUAUGUUGCGCUUAUUGAUAUACUGGCAUUAAAUGAUAAACUGUUAUGCGUUUAGUAAAGACAAUUGUCUACCUACGAAUAUUUGGAUUAGGUUUAUCACCCACAGAGUUGAAAAGUCUAGUGAAGCUUGAAAAUGUUUAAGAGAAUUAUAGAAAGGAUUUGAACUUUUUGAAAAUUUUGCUGAAAGUUUUGAACUCGCAUGAUUGUGGCCAGACAUGUCAUAAGCAUACUACAUUAUGCAUUCACUACUAGGAGUACACAUAUCAUAAAUGAUAAAUAAGAAAGAAAAUUGAAUACGAUUAGAACAUGCAUCAUGAACAUUAGAUGAAUGCUUAUAGAUAUGAAGCAACUCUUUGAUGAUGAGAGUUGUCAUCAUCCUGCCACAAUUAUGUACGUAUUUUACAAUAUAUUAUAUAUUAUUUUACAAAGAAUUGUUUCAAAUGUGAGCUCACAUAUGUAUUUACAAGUAUAUUUAUAAACAUAUACGGUAUGACAAAACAAAAGAUUUUCAAAUAGUUUGAAAGGUUUUGAAUAAGCAUAGCUAGACAGAACCCUGUGGAUAAUAGGAAGUAGUGCCGAAACAGAACAACUGUUAAGUUCGCGACGACGGAGAACAAGUUGUGAAUGCGAAAAGUUAGGAUUAUUACCUCGCAGUUAGGAUUUAAAUAGACGUAAUCUUGGCUUUCCAACGACAAUGUCGAUAGAUGACGGCGAGACAUUACACGACGAUAGUAGUGUGUGAAGAAGCGAAUUCUGAGGAACCGUGUAACAAUGACUUCAAUUAUCAGUAUCGAUCCUUAUCGUUUAACAAAAGAAUAAGCAAGAUGAUAGUGAGAGUUAGUAAACAACUUAUAGACCAAGAACUGAUACUACGAAAACAAACUUUAUAAGUUGACGGAAUGAAUUCUAAAUAGUACCGGAAAACCUUCAAGUUUGAAAAGAUUAGGAUAUCUUUUGACUAAAUCGUUGGAUCAAAUUGGUAUUGGAGUACGAUAUUACCACAACGAUUAUUAAGGAAUUAACCGUUGUGAUCGUCAUAUGGAGAACUAGACGACAGUUUUUCAUAAAAAUGUUGGUAAGGGAGUCAUACAACCAGAAAUGGCCAUUCUAAUUGUUAAGCCACAAAGAUUGGAGGAAUGGAAUAUAAGUAUUUAAGGAGUAGCUAUCGUAUGUCAAACCACAAUCCUAUGACUUGAGGAUUUGGGGUAAUCACAAGUGGGAAACAUAGUACAAUGGUGGUGAGAUGGUAGCAAUAAGUCUUAAGUAAAAACACAGAUAAUGGUCAUUAAAGGAUAAGAUACAUGACAUGGCAAGAAUCAUGUCAGUAGUGAACGCGUUCCACAAACAUAGAUACUAAUACGUAGGACAGUGAGAUAAGUUGCGGAAGGUAUAAGAAGGAUGAUAAAUAAAACUAAGGACUACAAGAUGUUGUAGCAAGUUACGACAAGGACAAGUCGUAAACAAAAGUAUUCACAAGAAGUUGGUUUUACAAGGAAACUACAAGAAGAAAACUGAGAAUUAUUAUAGAAAACUAAAGACGUUAGUUCCAUAAUUCAGAGUAUUACUUAUCUACGAGAUAAAAGGCCAACGCAAAAUGAAAUUUUAUCAGAAAUAAGGUAAGGUGUUCAUCAAUGAUGAUGAUGAUUAAAAAAAAGAUAUUCAAGUUUAAUUAGUUAAACUUGAUACAUAUGAAGGACAUUAUAAAAGAACAGGAGCAAGAUUGUUUUAGAACUGCAACGUAGUUGUUUUAAUGAACGGCGUAGAAGUAUAAAAGUUUAAAGAAGAAGAUCAACGUAAAGAAAAGUGUCAUUAGACGAACAAUGUCUAAUGAAAACUAUAAGUCACUAAGACAAAGAGUUAUUGAAAGGAUAUGAGAAAAAUAACGAUGCACUGAGAGACGGAUCAAAGCGGUGUAAAGAAUAAUUGUAGCUACAUACAAGGAUGGGCUACUAAAUUAAUCGACAAUUUGGAAAAUUAGGAAUACAACCUUAAGUAAAGGAAAAGUAAUACUAGUCUGAUAUAGAUCAAUAGAGUCAAAGAAUCGAGAAAUGAGAUACGUUGUAAAAGAUGGAUGUGAGACAUAUCAAGUAAUGCCAAGAGUGCAUUCAACUUCAUGAGAUUCAAUACCAGGAAACCAUGAAGUAUAAAAAGGAAACAUUAAGUUAAACUUCACACGUAUGGAAACCGUGUGCAGAUAGCACAGAAAAGACAAACAAUAUAAGAAGAUUUUCAUGGUCUAAGCAAGACCACUUCGAUAAAGACGUAGACAUAUAUAUGGACAAUUUGAACGAGGUUUGGUACAUAUGCCAUAGAGCAGUUCUAAGAGAGACUCGACUCAUGAUACAAGAUCAUGAAAUUGACAAGUUAACGCAGCAAAGCUAACAAUCAACAACAAGGACAUAGUAUCUUUUCACUCUACGAGCAACUAGAGUGAAGUUAAGCAUCAUAAGAAGGAAAGUAAUGAUAAAACGAUGGACAUAAACUCAAGGGUAGUAGACUACAAGUGAGGCAAAUACUUUAGAUAAGUAAUUCAAGUAAUGAAAAAAUUCAGAAAUGUUGCUCAUGGGAAGUGAGUGGAA